AUGAUCUUUCAAAUGUUUAAAGAGAUUUAAGCUUUUACAUAUCAAUUUUAAGUUAUAUGAACCGGUGAUUGGCAAUUAAAAAUAUUUUUGUUUACUCAAAUUCCAAAAGAAAAAUAUUGUAAAGCCUUUAAUCGGCUCUUAAGUUAUUUAGCUUUAACUUAAGUGACAAAUUUGUUAUCAGACACCCUCUUUAGUAAAGUAUAGAACCAGUCUAAUGUGUAAUAUUCAUCUUUUUUUUUCUUCUUACCAGUUCAUGAUGAAUUGUUUAAUUCAAUGUUUAAAGUAUCUAUCUAUUUUUAUAAUCUCGGAUGGCCAGCGUUAAUUUCAUGCCACUGAAGGCUUCAUUAUUUUAUCUAGGCAAGCCAUAAUCAAAGACAUGCUUUAAUGUGGAAGUUAAAUUGCAAACAGUUAUAAACACUUAUGCUUUCAUUUUAGAGUUCCCCUCUUCUACUUUAGUCUUUUUAUAUUAGUAGCUUGCUUUAAUGUAUUGUUCCUGGUAUUUGGAUUAUGCUUACUAACACACUUAUUAUGACAAUUGAAGCAUCAUCUUUGUAACAGCUUCAACCAUUCUGAUAUUUCUUUUUUAGACUUCUGGUGUUGCAGAUGACUCUUCAAUACCAAUAGAGAUAGAAAAUCUUAUUGAAAAAAGAUACAUGUUUAAAGUGGAUGUUCAGAGCUCCAACUGUGAGAAUCAAGAUGAAGUCUUUAAAGUUCUUACGUUUACUGAUGACGAGGAUAUUAUAGAAAAAUACAUUCCUUCUCCACGUGCAGAGACAUUCAAAGAUCCAGAUUUCAAUCAAAACCAAGUCAGUCAUGAAGAUAACGAAAUCACGGAUUCUACUGAAGAUGCUGAGUUGAUCGACGUCGCAAGUACACCUGUCAAGAUAGCUAUCACUGGUGCCGCGACAGUGGUUGAAGAAGAUCCAGUUGCACAGUUGUCUGGAAACAAGAUCAAAAGAGUAUUUAAGAAGAAGAAGAUAGCAUAAUGUGCUAGCAUAUGUAACCCUUGGAGAAACUAAAAAUUGCUUGCUUAUUUAGUUUGGUAGUUUCAUGAGUACUUAUGAACAUGUUUGAAUUAUUUCAUGUUUUUUCUGGUAUUGAAAUUCUGCUUUUUAGAUA